AUGGCCGAGGAAAACGCAGCAGGCCCUGAAGGGACACAAGGCCCUCAAGCUGUUGACACUGGGAGCAGAGGGGAAUUCUGGGAAAGAACGGUGCAGAAGAUACUGGGGGAAGAAACCACCAGCUUAGAAUUCCAGCGCCAGAACUUCAGGCAGUUCUGCUAUCAAGGGGUCGAGGGCCCCCGAGAGGUCUGCAGCCAACUCCGCGAUCUUUGCCGCCAGUGGCUGAAGCCAGAAAGGCACACCAAGAAGGAGAUGCUGGACCUGGUGAUCCUGGAGCAGUUCCUGGCUGUCCUGCCCCCGGAGAUGCAAAGCUGGGUCAGGGAAUGUGGGCCGGAGACCAGUUUCCAAGCAGUGGCCCUGGCAGAGGUCUUUCUCUUGAGUCAGGCAGAGGAUGAGAAGCAGAAAGAGCAGAUGGAGGAACGUCCCCAGAAACGCAUACAAGGUCAACAAGGGGUAAUGCUGGAGACGAAAUGGUUCCUGCUCAGCCAGAUCAUGUAA